AUGAAUAAUGAUAUACAAAAUAUACAUUAUAGACAAUUAUUAAGACAAGCAGAUAAACAUGAUAAUAAUCAAAAUAUAAGAAAGAAAAGAAAAUUAAAAAAAAAUGUGGAAUUACCUCCAGAAAAUGAUAUAAUUAAUUUAGAUUCAAGUUCAGAUAAUGACGUGAAAUUAGAAAAUGUUGAAACACAAGAUAUUGAUUCAGACUCAGAUGAGUUUGAAGACGUCAGUUUGGAUUAUCAUGAUGAUAAAAGUGAUGGUGACUCAGAUGCUUUUGAAGAUGUGGAUUUAGAUGUAAAUUUUCAAUUUGAUCAAAAAAAUAAAUCACCGCCACCCCUUAAAAAUGAUUCAAUUACAAUCCAAUUCAAAAAACAAGAACCACAAACGAAGAAAGUGAAUUUAAUUAGCUCAGAAGAAAGAAGUCGACGCGUUUUGAUGCACAAAAUGUACUUAAUAUUCAUGUUGAUACACGGUACUAUUCGAAAUAAAUGGUGUAACGAUAAAGAUUUGGGUAAAACUUUAGUAAAAUCUUGUGUUACACAACAAAUUACUGGAUUAUUAAAAGGUGAUGACAAAACUGAUGUAAUAAAUUCAAGACGAUUACUUGAUGGUUUGAAGAAAUUAAUGACAAUUUAUUCUGCUAAAUUUAAAGUGAAUAGUGUAGGACUAAUCAAAAAGUCAUGGUCAGAAUUGAACGCAAUUCAAAAAGAUGAUGCUAUAGUCAAUAGAAAAACAUUUAAAAAAUUAAUUACUAAUUUUAGAGGGAGUAGAGAUAUUGGAGCUCAAGGAUUUGUUUUAUUAUUAAGAGGUUUAGGAUUAAAUGCAAGACUAAUCUUAUCAAUGCAACCACCUGAUUAUACAAUUCUAGCAGCUAAAACAGAAAAGAAACAAGGUGAGAAUGUAGUCAAAGCUAAGAAAUUUAAUGAGUCUAAUUUUCCUAUAUUUUGGGUUGAAGUUUGGGAUAAGUUUUUAAAAAGAUGGAUAAGUGUUGAUCCAAUUGUGAUGCAAAUCAUUGAAAUAUGCCCUAAAAGAAGAAGGUGUUCAUUUGAACCACCAACUCUGGAUGAGAGAAAUCAAUUAUUAUAUGUCAUUGGUUAUGACAAAUAUGGUAGAGUCAGAGAUGUUACAAGAAGGUAUAGUCUUAAUUAUAAUGCAAAGACAAUAAGGAAAAGAAUAGAGUUUAAAUCAAAUGAAGAAAAAGAAUGGUAUGAAAGAAUUGUCAAAACUUGUAAUUAUAAGAAAACAAAUAGUAUAAGUGAUAUUUUUGAAUUGAAAGAGUUUAAUGAACGAGAUUUAAAUGAAGGUAUGCCAAAUAAUAUUCAAAGUUUUAAAAAUCAUCCAUUAUAUGUAUUGGAAACUCAAAUUAAUGCAAAUGAAAUUAUUCAUCCUCAUGAUGAUAGUGCAAAAUGCGGUACUUUCAAGUCUAGGAAUAAAAUAAUCAAUGUCUAUAAGAGAAGUAAUGUGUAUAAAGUUAGAUCGGCAAAAGCUUGGUAUCUUAAAGGUAGAACACUUAAAAUGGGUCAACAACCAAUGAAAACUAUGGUGAAAGGAGAAGAAGAAGUUAGGUUAUAUGCUGAAUUUCAAACUCAAAUGUAUAUUCCUCCACCAAUUAAGGAUGGCAUUGUACCUAAAAAUCAAUAUGGUAAUAUAGAUUUAUAUUUUAAAACAAUGUUACCCGAAAAUGGUGUUUUUAUCGAAGCAACACCAGAAAUAUCUAUGAAAUUAUUAACUCAAGCUGCAAAUAUAUUAAAUAUAGAUUAUGCAAAGGCAAUAGUUGCAUUUGAUUUUGGUAGAAAAAGGUCUGUUAACGUUCGUGAAGGUGGUAUUGUUAUUUUCAAUGAAUAUAAAGAAGCUAUUGAAUUAGUUAUGGAACAAUUAUUAAAUGAAAUAGAAGAAGCUAAAAGAAUUUUAAUGGAAAACAGUGCAUUAAACAAUUGGAAAUAUUUUUUAUUAAAACUUAGAUUAGAAAACAGAUUAAAUAAAUUUCAUGGUACCAUCGAAGAUAAAAUACAACCCGAUGAAAGCGAUCAUGAAGAAAUUAAACGAGAUUCAGGUGAUGAACAAGGCGGGUUUAUAGUAUCAGAUAAUGAAGACCAAGGAAACAAUAAUGUAGAUGAAGAUGAAGAUGGUGGAUUUUUAAUAAAUGAUACCGAGUCAAUUGAAGUACCCGACAGAAAGGCUAAAGAAAAUAAAAAAUAUUAUGACAGUGAAGAAGAUAACAAUGAUGAUUACGAUGGUUCAUCGGAAGAAGUUACAUAUAGUCAAGAUGAAGACAUGGAAUUUGAGUAUGAAUCUGAGUAA